AUGAAAAAAAAGGCCAAAAAGGAAGAGUCAUACAAGAGGAUGAGUAGAAUCCAAACAGGUGGAGGACCAGCAAAUCCCAAAAAAGAAGAUCCUCUUGAUUCAAAAAUAAUAUCUUUGAUAAAAACAAGUGCUGUUGGUCUUUUUAACCGUUUUGACAGUGAUAGCGUUGCCCCAGAAAGCUUAGAUAACCAUAAUUUUUAUGAGGUUCAAGUUAUUUUAUCUGAGGAGCCAGAAUUAUGUAGUAAAGAUCAUGACACUGACAUUGAUGAGAUUCAAAAGACUGGGAUUGACUUGAAUGAAGUAGAAAUGCAGGAUUGGAGUGAUUAUACUCCUAAAAUGUUAAGAACUCCUGUUGCUACACCACUUCAAUACGAUACUAAUGAGCAAGAAGGAAAAUUUAAAAAUCUUGGUCUUCAAGAAGGCGACCGACAUAUGUAG